AGUCUUCUGUAUCCUUUCGGGCAGUGAAGCACAUAGAUUCUUACCAAAUACCGUAUUAGAACACGUGGUUCUUGGCGAAAAUUCAUCGGACCACAAUAAAUUAUCGGGUAGUGAGGCGUAAGAGGUGUACGCCCGCGAAUUUAAUCGAGUAGAAGUCAAGUUUUGGUACGGGCUAGAGACGUUUGUUUGUUUGUUUUUUCGCCAAUUAAUUACAUUUGGUUGGACACAUUUUUGGCGAAGGGACUUUUUUGGUUUUAUGGUGAUUUUACUUUGAAAUAUAAAUUGUGAAUGGACGCGGUUUAUGCUUUGAGCAUUCAAUUUGUAUCAAGGUAAUCCCAAGAGAUCAACCUGGGAGCCACCUCCGGACCCGUCCCGACUCCGGGCGGGUUUUCUCCAGUCAUUUCCGCUGCAAAAACGCUUUCGUUAAGGGAAUCACCUUGCGCAGAAGCUCUGUGGAAAAUGCCACAUAAAGAAGAGGACUUCAUGCAUCAUGCAAUGGGCCAAAAUUCAUUGUUUGGAUGUUCCACAGCCGGACACAGUGGUAUCAAUCAAUUAGGAGGUGUCUACGUAAACGGUCGACCACUUCCAGAUUCGACUCGACAAAAAAUCGUGGAAUUGGCUCAUUCGGGAGCACGUCCAUGCGACAUCUCAAGAAUAUUGCAAGUAUCCAACGGUUGUGUCUCAAAAAUAUUGGGCAGUUUUGUUGACAGGUAUUACGAAACCGGAUCUAUAAAACCAAGAGCUAUUGGUGGAUCGAAGCCUAGGGUUGCUACGACGCCUGUCGUGAAUAAAAUCGCCGAGUUCAAAAGGGAGUGUCCUUCGAUAUUCGCUUGGGAAAUCAGGGACAGGCUGUUGAGCGAAGCAGUGUGCAAUAACGAUAAUAUACCCAGUGUAUCAUCUAUCAACCGAGUUUUGAGGAAUUUAGCCUCGCAGAAAGAACAACAAGCAUCAGCCCAAAACGAAUCCGUGUACGACAAGUUGAGAAUGUUUAACGGGCAAACACCAGGGUGGGCUUGGUAUCCCGGGACUCCCACAGCACCUCCACUUGGCCUUCCCCCAGCACCAACAGCUCUUACCAGUCAAAUUUCAAGAGACGAUUUACAAAAAAGAGCUGAUGUUAUGCACGAAAAUACGUCCGAUGGUAAUUCUGAGCACAAUUCAUCGGGUGACGAAGAUUCGCAGCUCAGAUUGAGACUGAAAAGGAAACUACAAAGGAACAGAACCUCGUUUACCAAUGAACAAAUCGAUAGUUUGGAGAAAGAAUUUGAGCGUACACACUAUCCAGACGUCUUCGCUAGGGAGCGAUUAGCAGAGAAAAUUGGAUUACCUGAGGCACGUAUCCAGGUCUGGUUCAGCAACCGACGAGCGAAAUGGAGGCGAGAAGAAAAAUUACGAAAUCAACGUCGAUCUGUCGAUCACGUAGGUGCUGUCAGCCCCCCCGCUUCGGCCCCCCGCUUACCAAUCAAUUCCGGUUUCAAUUCAAUGUAUUCGUCGAUACCGCAGCCCAUCGCUACUAUGGCCGACACCUAUAAUUCAAUGCAAAGCGGACUGACAUCGAGUUGUCUCCAACAAAGAGAAGCAUCCGGCUACCCGUACAUGUUCCACGAUCCAUUACAUUCGUUGAGCUCUUCGUAUAAUUCAAGAAGUUGCAAUCCUGCAAUAGCUCAUACGCAACCUACAACGCAUCAUCCAUCGUAUGGUAGUAAUGCUUCUUCUUCCGUACCUUCAUCAACCGGCACAGGUGUGAUAUCAGCCGGUGUAUCGGUCCCAGUACAAAUUCCCAGUCAAUCAACAUCGGACUUGGCUUCGAGUUAUUGGCCGCGACUUCAGUGAUCUCAGCUCUUCGGGUUUCCUCCGCCGAGCUUGCUCGUGCCACAGGAAAACCCGGCCCUGCAAGCUACUAUCACGCCCCCUAUUGUCGCUUCGACGUCACCUGAAGAAUCUUCCUAGACUGUGGCAAUUGACGAUAUUAGCGCGCCACGGUUUUGUAUAUCGGAUGCAGGUAACUACUAGUCGUGUUAUUACACAUUUUAGGAGAUUUGCCGAGCGGUAGAGUUCGCCAGCCGGACUGCAGGGUACUCUGUGAAUAAUGUGUACAAAGCGGGACAUUUGAAAUAUUUUAAAAGUAUUGAACGAUUUUUAUGAUAUCAAAGAUGUACAGAUUUAAAUGUUGCAAGUUUUUACUGUUAUAUUUUUUGAAUAUUUAAACGAUAUAAUAAAAAUGAAUGAAUAAGUUAAUUCGAGGUCUUUAAAAUUAUCGUUUCUAUAUCUCAUUUUUUUUUUAAUUGAAAUUUAAGUACUAGGUUAAUGUUAUAUCAUCUUAUAUCUCUCUCAAUCGAAUAAUAAAUCUGUUGUUAAGCCGAGCGAUCACUGUCAGGCAGUGAUUACAAAGUUAGAGAUCAUGUUAAAUUUAAACUUCUGAAAAUAAGGCAGUGAAAACAAAUCUGAAUAUUGUAAAUUUUUUGCUGUAAAUACUUGAACAAAUUUAUACUUACUUACAAUCGAACAAUUUUGCAAUAAUUUAUUGUUAACAAGAGCUAAUUUGGGAAAAUGUUUAAUAUUAGUGAGCUUGAGAUUCAACAUAUUUACUUUUGAUUUACUGCUCGAUAAAUUAGAGAGUGUGAGUACAACAUUUUCACUCUUUUCAAUUAUUUUGAUAAUAUUCGCUUUCCAAUUACACAAUUUGAGCACCCAAUGGGUGCAAUGUUUCAAAUCCACGUUCCAAAUUGUCGUUUUAAAAAUCUGUACGUAGAACACAUUUGUUUUUUCCCUUUGCUUCUCAAGAACCAGAUAAAUGUUUGGGUCUCCAUAAGCUUCAAAAUUGUGCUUUAAACACACUGUUUCAUUUCGAUUUAUUUGGAAUUGAUGUUCUGUGGGCAUUUAUGUCAAAAUCAUUUCAAUUUACUUGGAAUUGAUGUUCUGUGGGCAUUUAUGUCAAAAUCAUUUCAAUUUAUUUGGAAUUGAUGUUCUGUUGGCAUUUAUGUCAAAAUCAUUUCAAUUUAUUUGGAAUUGAUGUUCUGUUGGCAUUUAUGUCAAAAUCAUUUCAAUUUAUUUUGAAUUGAUGUUCUGUGGACAUUUAUUUCAAAAUAAUUUCGAUUUAUUUGGAAUUGGCGUCUGUAGUUGUAGUUCUACUUGAUUACGCCCCAACUUUGAGCUUUUUUGUUUAAUAUUGAUAUCUGCAGAAGAAGUGAGGUUAAUUCCACAACAAUUAAGUGAGUCGAGAACGACCACGCCCGACCCGGAAGGUCGACAGUUGACUAAAGUGAUGAAAAGAGGUUAGGUUAGGUGCGGGUUAGGCUUUAUAAUAUAUUGAAGGGGGUGAAAAGAUGAUUGGAUGAAGCGAUGACAUAUAGAGUGAUGAAAAUAUCAUUAGAGUACAAUCCAGUAUUUGAAAUCUCGAAAAAUAUUAACAAAAAAAAUGGACAAAAACUGUAAACAUUUUAAUUGGUACUCUAAGUACGUUAAAAACAUAACCUCUAAAUGAGAAAUGUUUCCCUUUCCUUUUCCAGUACUUAUCAAGUGAACUUAUGAACAAACAAUGGAUAUUUGACACUUUAUAUUUGCCAAAUAACCAAAAAUAGGACUAGAAAUGAACUGUGAGUCGACUUGGAAGGUCGAAAGUAAACUGAAAAGAAUAUGCGCAGAUUAGGCGUUAUAAUGUAUUGAGUUAUAAGUUAUAAGGGUGCGAAGAGGUGAUUGGUUGAAGAUUAAAUAUAGAAUGAUGAAAACAUCACUUAAGUACAAUCUAGACUUUGAAAUAUCGAACAAUAGAGACAUAGCGAAAAGAACAGAAAAAAUCAACAGAAUAGCAGAUAACGGUUCAAAAUAGAAAUAAAUGUUUCAAUUGCUGCGUUCAAACAUAACCUCUAAAUAAACGUUACCCUAUGAUAAUGGCUUUUUGGAAUGGAAAUGCAAAAAUGUCUUUGCUAGUGAUUGCAAUUUUCACUAAUAUACUUUAUUAUGAACGAAAGAAACACCCAACUUAAGUUAGGUUAUGUACGAAGUUUAUAUACUUUUUUUGUGUUUUUCAGUUUGAAAUAUUGGUUAUUAUUAAACAAUCAAGUACUUAUGAAGUGAACCUAUGGAAAACAAAGAUAUUUGACACUUUAUUUUUGCCACCUAACCAAAAAUAGGACUACAAACGAUCCCAUAUUGGUAAUUAUAGUUGAUAGGAGCUUACAUCAAACUUAUCUCGGCAAAAAUGGUACUUUGCAUGAUGAUUCUAGCAAAUAACCAUUGUCGAAUUAAUUAACUACUCUCUGGAACAUUUUUGUAGCGUAGCACUUCAUUUUGGGAAGCCACUUUUCAUUUUCACGGGUUUUACUAAACCAGUUGACAGAACAUUUUGUUUAUUGGUAUUAAAAAAAAUAUGUCAACAAACAAAUACCUGUAAAUUUAUUAUUUUACCUCGUUUAGACAGAAACUGUCUCCCGAUCAAUUAUAAUCGCUCCACGAGCUAUUUGCUUCAGCUGACAUUGUAAAUGAGAUUUAUUUAAUUAUCCAAUACUUUUAAAUUGUUUGGAUGUAUGAUUGGUCUUGGCUCACUAUUAUCAACAUUUUUAAGCAAAUUACUUCACGCCUAAGGGCUCUUUAUAAUGUAUGAUAGCAAUAAAUCUAUGUCACCAUUUUUCCCAUAGUUAAACAGAUAAUUAUAAGUGUAUGAGAAACGUUUCUAAUUUUUUAAUAAGGUUGUCAAAAUUCUGGAAAAUUUAAGCUUUGCACCAAUAAAUGGUGCUUUUUAUCAAUUUUUUGAAAUUUAAGAGAGUUAAGUCUGUCGAAUAAGGUAGAUGUAGCAACAGUUCAUGCGUUAAUUUCCGCAAUGGUGUCUCUAAACAUUUCUUUUUCACCUCUUUGAAGUUGAAAUUGUAAUCUGGAUGAUUAUUAUUUGUUUUUCUUCCUUAGUUGGCCUGUGAACGGUAUCCCAAUAGUUCUAAGCAAAGCUCGACGUUCCCACUCAGGGUUUUUGAUCUUUUUUAUGGUCUUAUUCCGGUCUCUGGACACUUAUUUUUGGCCCUUUGAAGUAAAAAUUGUAUUCUGGAUAUUGCUUCACAGUAGCUGUCGAUAAAUUCUCACUUUUUUCAUUGGUUUAUCUCUCAUAGUUGACAAAGACCAACGAAGGCCUAUGAAGGGUUUCCAACAGAAGUGAACCUCGCCGUUCCUACUAAGGAUUUUUGUUCUUCUUGUCUUCUAGACACUUCUUACCAUCCGUUUGAAGUUGAAAUUGUAAUCUGGAUUACUAUUGGUUCAUUGUGGCUACCGAUUGUUUCUUACUUUGUGAUUUUUUCAUUUGUUUCUCUCCCCUAGUUGACCUAACGAAUGCCUCUGAAUGGCAUCCCAACAGUCCGAAGUAAACGUUGACGUUUCUAAUCGAAGUUUCUAUUCUUUAUCAUCUCUUGGGUCCUAUCCUUCUGAAGAUGAAAUUGUGAUCUGGAUGACUAUUAGUUCAGUUUGCUUGCCAAUUGUAUCUUACUUAGUGUUUUUUCUAUUCGUUUCUCUUUCCUGAAUGACAAAAAGUCUAACGAAGGCUUUUGAAAGGCUUUCCAACAGUUCGAAGUAAACGUCGACGUUCCUACUCGAAGUUUUUAUUCUUUUUUAUCCUUUGGAGCUUAUCCUGGUCUCUGGACACUCCUUUUUCACACUUCUGAAGUUUAAAUUGUAAUCUGGAUGACCUAUUGGUUCACUUUGCUUGCUAACUAUUUCUUACUUAGUGUUUUUACUAUUUUUUUCUCUUCCCUGAUUGACAAAAAGCCUGACGAAGGCUUAUGAGGGGCAUCCCAACAGUUCGAAGUAAACCUCGACGUUCCUAUUCGAAGUUUUUAUUCUUUUUUAUCCUUGGGUCUUUGGACACUUCGGAAAUUGAAAUUGUAAUCUGGGUGAUUAUACUUCACUAUUCUAUCGAUCAAAUUUCAUCAUACCCAAACGAAAUACUUAAUAUUUAUGGGCUAAUUCAUAAGAUGAUUAAGUAUUUAGUGGCGUGGAAAAAGUAUAGUGUACAAAACGUGUAUAAACUGAAAAUUUCAUACUUUAGAUGAUAAGUUACGAGUCGCAUGUCAUAAUUACAUGAUGAACUAUCCUAUUUCCACAAUAUAUUAUUUAACGUGUCCUUCAGGAUUUAUGGUUAGGUUAGGUUAAAUAAAACUUUUCAAUUUUCUAAUAUUUAAUAUCGUUAAAGAAAAUAUUAUACAGAAUUUUGUACAAUCUUGAAUAGUGUCUCAUUUUAAUUUGUAAAUCCAGCUUUUCCCCCCUUCUGUAGUGAUAUUUAAAAAGUAUUAAUAUAAAUGUUGUGUAUAUUCUUGUUGCUGUGAUUAAUUCUUAAAAUAAUAUUAAUAACCUAUAAAAAUACAUUGCAGUUCAAGUAGUAUUAGUGAAUAAUUUCGUGUAGAUGUGUAUAGAAAGUUUGUGGAAUAAAUAAUAAAAAAAUAUAUAUAACAAAAAUA